AUCUUCUAUUAAUACAGUCUACAGAAUACAGAUACCAUAACAGCAAGUUCUUGGUAGAAUCAUUUAUUAACAAACCUUAAUUUUCUUAUUUGGAAAUUAAAAAAUAAAAGUUAAAAUGUUCGGAAAUAGCGCAGCACGCUUAUUAAUGCCAGCAGUUCGUAAUGCUGUUCAAAACCGUAUGCAAUCUGUUGUAAGUGGACCACCAACCCAACAUAUCAGUUUUGCUGAAAAAGUCGUAUUAGGUGGAGGAGCAGUUGCUUCUUUACUUGUUGUACCAGCUUGGGUUGUAUAUCACAUUCGUGAAUAUAGAGGAAAUGAAUAAUUUCGUGAUGAAUAUUAGUAAAUCAAUUAAAAAUGAAUUUCAGAAAUUAAUGUUAAUAAAUACUUGUAUUAAAUAAAAUCCCAAAGUAUUUAUUUGUUACA